AUGCGACUUCGUGAAGUAUUCCGCGCAGCCAAGCUACCUAAAGGACAUUGCGCCAUUGGCACGAAGUGGGUCUUCAAGAUCAAGCGCAAAGCAGACGGAUCAAUUGACAAACUCAAGCAAGCGUCGCGCGUAUGGAACGAAACGUUUGACGAGUUCGUGUGUGCUAUUGGAUUUCAAGCGUCAAGCCUCGACCCGUGUCUCUACAUAAGGAUCGUGGAAGGGCAGUGCGUGCUGCUGCUGGUGUAUGUGGAUGACGUGUUGAUCACCGGUAGCUCAUGCGAGCUAAUUGCACGCACCAAGACCGACCUGAAGACACGAUUUGAGAUGACUGACAGCGGCAAGUGUGCAUUUGUGCUUGGAAUCGAGCUUUUGGACGGCGCAGAUGAAAGUGUGACACUAUGCCAGCAUCGGUAUGUCGAUGACAUACCCACGCGCUUUGGCAUGGAUGAUUGCAAGGCCGUCACAAGUCCAGUCGACAUGAGCUCUCGACUUGUUUCAAGUCAUGCAGCCACCUAG